AUGGACACUCUGAAGCUGAAUCCUGAUUUUGAUUUUCACCUUAGAUGCCAGAAGUUGGGUAUUACGCACUUGUGCUUUGCAGAUGAUCUCCUAUUAUUUGCAAGAGGGGAUGCACAGUCAUUGUCUUUGCUAAAAGAUAAAUUUAAUGUAUUCUCUACAACAUUCGGAUUGAAGGCCAAUAUGAGCAAAAGCCAAGUGUAUUUUGGUGGAGUGGAGAUUACUGUACAGCAAAGUAUUAUGCAGAUAUUGGAGUAUGAAAAGGGAGAUCUACCAUUUAAGUAUUUAGGGAUGCCCUUCUCUUCAAAAAAACUUACUAUAUCACAGUGCAUGCCUCUGGUAAACAAGAUAACAACAAAAAUUACAACUUGGAUGGAAAAGAGCUUGUCAUACGCUGGCAGAGUUCAACUUAUUAAAGCGGUGUUGUUUGGAAUACAAGCUUAUUCGGCUCAACUAUGUUUACUGCCAAAGAAAAUAAUGAAGAUGAUCGAAGCUGCUUGCAGAAGUUAUCUAUGGACAGGAGAGGCUAAUAUUACUAAAUGGGCACUAGUGGCUUGA